AUGGCAGCUUCUUGGGGAUUUACACUUUUUCUCUGCGUGCUGCUGAUGGUGUGUAGAGGCUUGAGCCUUGCGGGUGAAGAUCCAGAUCAAACUUUAUCAAGCAGUGACAAUGCACUGGGCUCAAACCAUGGCACAACUGGAGAAGGUGGCCAUGCAGUGGAGCCCAUCACUACACUGCCUAUUGUGUCCUGGAAGUGGCAUCAUGUCACAACCCCGUACCUGGUGGCCCUGUGGAUCCUGGUUUCCUGGCUCUGCAAACUUGUCAUUGAGGCCAACCAUCAGGUCACCAGCAUUAUACCUGAGAGCGCUCUGCUCAUCUGUUUUGGCUUCAUUUUGGGUGGCAUGAUUUGGGCUGCAGACAAGGUGCAAACCUUCAGGCUGACCCCGACAGUCUUCUUCUUCUACCUGCUGCCUCAAGUCAUUCUGGAUGCAGGCUACCACAUGCCAAACAAGCUCUUCUUCACCAACCUGGGCGGAAUCUUGGUCCAUGCUGUCAUUGGGACCUGCUGGAAUGCUGCCAGCUUGGGGCUGUCGCUGUGGGGGUGCCAAAUGGGAGGAGCCAUGGGUGACCUGGACAUCGGUCUGCUGCAGUACCUUCUUUUCGGCAGUCUGAUGGCUGCUGUGGACCCCGUGGCCGUCAUCGCUGUGUUUGAGCAGGUGCACGUUAACGACGUCCUCUUCAUCAUGGUGUUUGGAGAGUCGCUGCUCAACGACGGUGUAACAGUGGUGCUCUUCAAUGUGUUUGAUGCAUUUGUGUCACUGGGAGGACCUAAAAUUGAUGCUGCAGAAAUUAUCAAAGGAAUAGGUAAGAUANNNGGCCUUGUUUUUGGCCUACUAAUUUCACUUCUGACCAGAUGCACAAAAAACAUCCAGAUCAUCGAACCAGGCUUCAUCUUUGUUUUGGGAUAUCUUUCCUACCUGACUGCCGAGAUGCUUUCGCUGUCUGCUAUCCUUUCGAUUGUCUUCUGUGGAAUGUGCUGUCAGAAGUACAUCAACGCAAACAUGGAUGAGAAUUCGGUCCAAACAGUCAGAUACGCCAUGAAGGCUUUUGCCAACGGAUCAGAAACCAUCAUCUUUGUUUUCCUCGGCAUCUCGGCCAUCGAUAAGGUUAUCUGGGUUUGGAACACGGGCUUCAUCCUACUCACGCUCCUCUUCGUCUUGGUGUAUAGAUUCAUUGGUGUGUUUUUCCUCACCUGGAUCCUCAACAGGUACAGGCUGGUGCCCUUGGAGUUUGUAGAUCAGGUGAUUAUGAGCUACGGUGGCCUACGAGGAGCUGUUGCAUAUGGCCUGGCUGUGAUGCUGGAUGAGAAUAAGAUAAAAGAGAAAAACCUGAUGGUCUGCACUACACUCAUUGUGGUUUACUUCACUGUCAUCUUGCAGGGAAUAACAAUGAAACCUCUGGUCAUGUGGCUUAAAGUAAAGAGAGCUGCAGUGACUGAGGUUUCGCUCCUAGAGAAAUUGACAAACAAGAUGUUUAAUCACGCUCUGGUUGCCAUAGAAGACAUAUCAGGACAAAUAGGACACAACUACAUGAGGAGCAAGUAUCAUCGGCACAGAUUCAGUCGCAGCCAUUUCGAUAUCAACAGAGAUGAAAAAGAAGUCCAGGAGAUCUUCCAGAGAACCAUGAGGAAUCGACUGAAGUCGUUCACGUCUGCAAAAAUGGGCGUCAAACCACCAAAGACGAUUGUCAAGCACACACAAAAAGAACAGCAGCAGAAGUCAGUUUCUUUUGUUCAUCCAGCUGGGAUUGAGAACCCAGCCUUCAUGCCGGACCUGGACCCCAUGGAUUUGUUGCAGAUUCCACCUUGGCUUGGGGAGAGUGAGCUCGACAGCAGCAUGGUGGCUCUGUCACAUCGAGCCCAGGUGGAUUUGCCAAGGACCCCAAGCAACCUGCGCCGCCUGGCCCCUCUUCGUAUCAGCACUCGCUCCACUGACUCCUUCACACUGGAGAACAUUCCUGACACACAGCAGAUGGACAGCGAUCAAUUGCAGCCGCCCCCUCCUCCUCCUCGUCCUCCCAGAGACGAUGGCUACGUGUAGCUGGAUCCUCUGCCUCACUUGAAUCUGGCUGCCAAAGAAACAAAACUAAACUCAGAACGUUUAACUGUGUACUCUAAGAAUAUUAACUAGGAAAUAUAUUCUUUUCCAUUUAUGUGAUAACCUUAACUCCUGUGUUUCUACACAAAACACUAACAGUUUCAUGACCUGCGUGUUCUUUAGACUGCUCCUGUUUUUGUUUUAGGUUCACGCUUCACUGGGCAAAAGAAAACUGCACUUAGAGCAAAGCAUGUUAUUCACAGGGCACAUAGAACACUGUUAAAUAUUGUCCUGUGGCUCAAUAUUAACAUGCAAUUGCAAAUCAUUACUUAAGGUUGUUUUACCUUAAAUGUGAUGCAACAAAUAGAAGCAAAAAAAAAAAACAAAAAAAAAAUCCCAAAUAUAUAUUUUUG